AAGAGACGGACAAGGAAGAGCAGCAGCAUCAGCAACAGCACGCGGUUCCCCCGCUCAGGCUGCAGCUCCCCCGGCUCCUGCUGCAUCGCCCUCCUCGCCUCCAGAACCCGCAGGAUUUCCCGUUCCUAAACCUUGGCCGGAUGGAGGAAAAGGAGGCUGCGAGGAAGAUGGCCCGGGAGCCCCAGGCAGGCACUGAGCUGAGGGCAGAGACCAGGGAGGAUGAGUCACCACAGCAGAACCUUGUGGAUGAGGCCAUUUUGAGCAGCUCCACAGCACAGGAAUCUAACGGGGAAGAAAAGCCCCGGAGAUCCCUCACGAGGAGGGGCUGCAAACGCAGAUCACGGGGAUCUGAGGAGGAAAGACCCACCCUGGGCCGGGAAGGGGGCCGGAGCUCACAGCUGGGGGUCCCCGAGCAGCUUCAGGAUGGGGAGAAGCCCCACAGGUGUGGGGAAUGUGGGAAGAGCUUCAGCCGAAGCUCAGCCCUGAUCCGCCACCAAAGGAUCCACACUGGAGAAAGGCCCUAUGAGUGUGGGCAGUGUGGGAAGAGCUGCAGAGAUAACUUUGACCUGAUCAACCACCAGAGGAGCCACACGGGGGAACGGCCGUAUGAGUGUGGGGAAUGUGGGAAGAGCUUUCAGAGAAGCUCCACUCUUCUGAAGCAUCAGCGGACACACACAAAUGAGAGGCCCUAUGCGUGUCCCAAAUGCGGGAAGAGGUUUCAGACAAGCUCCCAUCUGCUCACACACGAGCGGAUUCACACAGAUGAGAGGCCCUUCCGCUGCCCCGACUGCAUGAAGGGCUUCAAAUAUAACCCCGACCUCAUCAAGCACCGGCGCAUCCACACUGGGGAGAGGCCCUACGAGUGUCCCGAGUGUGGGAAGAGAUUCACCCAGAAGUCGAACCUGAUUGUCCACAAGAGAAUCCACACCGGCGAGAGGCCCUAUGAGUGUGGGCUGUGUGGGAAGAGAUUCAGCCAGAGCUCUGAACUGAUGCUUCACCAGAGGAUCCACACUGGGGAACGGCCUUACGAGUGUCCCGACUGUGGGAAGACCUACAGCCGGAGCGAUCACCUGAUGAUCCACCAGAGGAGCCACACUGGGGAGCGACCCUACGAGUGUGGGGAGUGUGGGAAGAGGUUUCAAAGCAGCUCAGAUGUCCUCGUACAUCAGCGCAUUCAUACAGAUGAGAGGCCCUUCCGCUGCCCUGACUGCGGGAAGGGCUUCAAGCACAACUCCACCCUGGUCACCCACCAGCGCAUCCACACUGGGGAGAGGCCCUACAAAUGUCCCCAGUGUGGGAAGACCUUCAGCCAGAGGUCAGCCUUGACCCAACACGAAUGGAGGCACCACUCGGAAAGCCCUGUGAGUGCCCCAAGUGCGCCCCAAGUGUGCACUGCUACAGUUCCCCAGGUGUGCACUGCUACAGUUCCCCAGGUGUGCACUGUUACAGUUCCAUACCCCGUGGCAGUGUUUGUGCUGCAUGCUGUCCAGUGGGCAGAGCCCCAGUGAUCUGUGGUGCUGGUAAGCUGUGUUGGGAAGACACCUG